GAACUUGAUGAUCAGUGAAUGUGAACACAGAAAAAGAACAUGAAUGCCUAUGAUACAGUCACGGUGGUUCAUUUUAUUCUUGUAGAUUUGGAAUUCCUAAGGUAGUAAUCUCCAUUAUUAAAUUACAGUUAUAAUAAUGAGUAAACAACGUUAUAAUUGGAAGGCAAGACAGGUUGUAAAUACUGUAAUAGACAACUCUCUUACUCAAAAGAUCGAAGUCAAUUUGCAAACUGCAGGACACUAUGAUACCUCAAAUGAGUUGGUUCUGCCUUCUGUGAAGCGUAAGACUAAAGUCAAGAAUGAUAAAUCAAAGGUUACAAAGAUAUUAUCCAAGAAACAACGCAAGCAUUUGGAGGCAAUUGUUGAGAAAAAGAAAAAAAAGGAAAAUAGAGCUCAGCUUUUGGAGUCCCUCCAGAGAGUACAAGCAUCUAAUGAGGAACUAUCACAAUUGACUUCAAUAGCAUCCAUCCAAACGAAAGGACUCAAAAGGUACUUCCAGGAAGAAAUUAAUCCAGAAAAGUUCAAACCCAAGAAGAAAUCUGAAACUUCAAAUAGUACAUUCAAGCCUAAUUCACUAUCUGGUGCCAAACGAAGAAAGCUAUUAGAACCAGAUAACAAUAAGGUUAGAAAUGAUGAUCCAAAUGUGGUAGGUUUCGAAAAUAGUGAUUCAGAUAGUAAUGAAUCAGACACAGAAUCUGAGAAAGAAAGUGAAACUAGAGAAGAACCAGAAAUUUCAAAAGAAAAUGAGAAAGUUCUCACCUAUGAUGAAGGAAAUGACAUAGUGGUCAUGGAACAAAAAACAGAACUACCUAUCGAAAUCAAAGAAGACCAACAACAGAAGCCCAAGGUAAAACAAGCUGAACCAGUACCCCGAAAACCAGCAGUAUAUGUUGACGUCAUCAGAAAAGAAGACAUCCAAAAAGCAAGACUAAAGCUUCCUAUUUUGGCAGAGGAACAACAAAUAAUGGAAACAAUCAACGAGAAUUUUGUAGUCAUUCUAGCAGGGGAAACUGGCAGUGGUAAAACAACACAAGUGCCCCAGUUCCUUUAUGAAGCCGGAUUUGCCCUGAAAAAGCAAAUUGGGGUUACUGAACCUCGGAGAGUGGCUGCCAUUUCAAUGUCAAGGAGAGUUGCUGAAGAAAUGAAUUUGAGUACGAGAGAGGUCAGUUAUCUCAUAAGAUUCGAGGGGAAUGUCACUGAUGACACUAAAAUCAAGUUUAUGACCGAUGGUGUGCUGUUGAAGGAAGUCCAAAGUGAUUUCUUGCUCUCCAAAUAUUCUGUUAUCAUUCUUGAUGAGGCACAUGAAAGAUCAGUUUAUACUGACAUUUUGAUUGGUCUCCUUUCUCGGAUAGUUCCUUUGAGACACAAGAAAGGCGAUCCCCUCAAACUCAUAGUAAUGUCCGCUACUCUGCGACUAGAAGAUUUCACCAUAAACCAGAGGCUGUUCAAGAACCCUCCCGCUGUAAUAAAGGUGAACGCCAGACAAUAUCCGGUUACAAUACAUUUCAACAAGAGAACCAAUGAGAACUAUUUGAAGGAAGCUUUCAAUAAAGCUGUUAAAAUAAACACGAAAUUGCCUGAUGGAGGUAUACUGAUUUUUGUUACCGGCCAGCAAGAAGUUAAUUCUCUGGUGAGGAAACUGAGGAAAACUUUUCCGUUGAGACAUAAAAGCAAAUUGCUGGAAAAGGACGAAGAAAUGAAAAAUGAGAGGGAUGCUAAUUAUACAAGUGAUGAUGAAGAUAUUGAAAACGACCUGAAAAAGACCCUCAAGAAAUCCAAGAAGCUGAAAAUCAUCCCGCAAAUCGACCUAGACGACUACAGCGUACCGGAUGACACCGAGAACAACUCCGACACCGACCUCUCCGACUCCGAAGAAGACUCCCAAGCCCCACUCCUCCCCAUCACCAACGCACAACCGCUCUGGACCCUCCCCCUCUACUCCCUCCUGCCCUCCCACAAGCAGCAGAAGGUCUUCGAGGCGCCGCCUCCAGGCUGCCGCUUGUGUGUCGUCAGCACCAACGUGGCCGAAACUUCGCUCACCAUCCCGAAUGUGAAGUACGUGGUGGACAGCGGCAAGACGAAGGUCAAGAUGUACGACAAGGUCACGGGGGUGACUAGCUACGUGGUGGACUGGACGAGCAAGGCGUCGGCGGACCAAAGGGCCGGUAGGGCAGGACGGUUGGGGCCCGGACACUGUUACAGAUUGUACUCCAGUGCAGUAUUCAACGACACCUUCCAGCUGUUCUCCAUCCCGGAGAUCCAGCAAAAACCCGUCGACGACUUGUACCUGCAAAUGAAAUGCAUGAACAUCGACAAGGUGGUGAACUUCCCGUUCCCCACCGCGCCGGACUUGCUGCAGCUGAAGAGCGCCGAGGCCAGGCUGGAGACUCUGGGGGCCCUGAAAGGGGGCGAAGUGACGGCGCUCGGUCGGGCCGUGUCCAAGUUUCCCGUCUUGCCGCGGUACGGCAAGAUGUUGGCGCUCAGCCACCAGCAGGACUUGCUGGCCUACACGAUAUGUCUGGUGGCGGCUUUGUCCGUGCAAGAAGUUUUGCUUGAGGUACCAAUUCUUCAGACCAGCCCCGAAGAGAAAAAGCAAAUCCGACAAAAAUGGUCUGCCACCAGAAGGCAGUGGGCAGGACAAGGCAACUCUCUGUUCUUGGGCGACAAUAUGGUGCUGUUGAAAGCAGUAGGGGCGGCCGAAUACGCCAACAGUCAGGGAAAACUGGAAACAUUCUGCGCGGAAAACGGCCUAAGACAGAAAGCGGUCGUGGAAAUCAGAAAACUGCGACAACAACUGACCACUGUCAUAAAAAACAACGUCCCGGAAUCCGAAGUGAUCGUGGAUCCCAAAUUGCCUCCGCCCACCGAUUUACAAGCCAAAUUGCUCCGACAAAUCCUGCUCGCUGGCAUGGGAGAUCAAGUGGCCAAGAAAAUAUCACCCGAGGAAGUCAAAGAGGGAGAAGACAAAGCCAAAUUCAAGUACGCUUACCACGCCAACAAUAUGGAAGAACCGGUCUUCUUGCACCAAGGAUCGGUGUUGAAGAAGACGUUGCCAGAGUUCGUGGUGUACCAAGAGAUUUACGAAACGAACAAGAUGUAUAUGAGAGGCGUUACGGCUAUCGAGCCUGAGUGGUUGGCUACAUACGUCCCGUCGAUGUGUAAUUUGUCCGAACCUUUGCUGACCCCUGAACCGUGGUACAAUCCUAGGACAGGGAAGGUACACUGUACUGUGUCAGGAACAUUUGGUCCACAAGCUUGGCCAUUACCUAAUAUUGAAAUUGUCUAUCCAAAAACAGUGGAUGCUUAUAAAUGGUUCGCCAGAUUCCUACUAGAAGGCAAAAUAUUUCCAAAACUAGAAAAGUAUGUCAAGCAUUUGUUGAGUCAACCCAAUAUUAUGAUAAAAACUUGGGCAAAACUACAACCCAGGACUGAGGCCGUACUGAAAGCCCUAUUGGCCAGAGAUUGUUCAACAAAGGACACUCUGGAAGAAAUUUGGGGAGAUACACCUCAAUAUUUACUGGAAGAAUAUCUAAAAUGGUUACCAGAAUCUGCUCAUGCUGAGUUUUCAUUGUUGUGGCCUCCACUUGAUAAAAAAACAACUUAAUUGAAAAAUAGCAACAUCUGUAACUUGGGUUGGAUUUUUUAUGGCUUCGUGUGGUACUACGAAUUCAUAUACCGAAUGGAAAUGCUAAAAUCUAUAGUAAGUAUGAUUGUAUAUUUUGAUUGAAGACGUUAACAGAGUUUAAGUAGAUAGAAGUGAAACUG